ACAAAAAAAGAUGACAUUCUUCAGGCUGUGCAUUGUCCUCAAUUUGGUUCUUGCAGUUUAUUGCAUUCCUGUAUCACAGAUUCCCACAGAAGAUGAGAGUCUGGCAGAGGGUUACCUGAAGAAGUUCUUCAAUCUUACGGAGGAGAGUGGCCCUCCGUCCAGACGGGGGAUCAAUCCGCUGAGUCGGCGUCUGAGUGAGAUGCAAAGAUUCUUUGGUUUACAAAUCACAGGCACGCUGGAUGCGGACACCUUGGAGAUGAUGAAGAAGCCUCGCUGUGGCGUUCCUGACAAUCAUUUUGCCAGAUUCUCCAUCUUUGGAAACAACCUCAAGUGGCAGAAAAAUAGUCUGACAUACAGGAUAGAGAACUACACACCAGAUAUGUCCCAGUCAGAGGUGGAUGAUUCCAUAGUAAAAGCUCUGGACGUUUGGGCCAAAGUGACUCCUCUUAGAUUCACUCGACUCUACAGCGGCACAGCAGACAUCAUGAUCUCCUUUGGUCGACGAUCACAUGGCGAUUAUUACCCCUUUGACGGCCGUGAUGGAACCCUGGCCCACGCUUUCGCUCCGGCGCCUGGCAUUGGAGGAGACGCCCACUUUGAUGAUGAUGAGACCUUCACCUUCCGCUCAAAUUCUGGAUAUGUUCUCUUCAUGGUAGCAGCCCAUGAGUUUGGUCACUCCCUCGGCUUGUCUCAUUCUGAUGACCCCGGUGCCCUCAUGUACCCCAUGUACUCGUACAGAAACCCAGACACUUUUCUUCUGCCCCAAGAUGAUGUCAAAGGCAUCCAAUCUCUUUAUAGUCCAAAUACGGAUCCUCAAAAGCCUGGACCUACACCCCCCACCACCCCUGAUGCUUGCGACUCAACCAUGGUUUUAGACGCUGUAGCCACCCUGCGUGGAGAGAUGCUCUUCUUCAAAGACAGUUUCUUCUGGCGAAGCUACCCUCAGAGCAGAUCGCCUCAGCAAAGUCUCAUGACGAGUUUUUGGCCCAACGCUCCUGCCAACAUCGACGCUGCUUACGAGAGUCAGCGGUCAGACAAAAUCUACAUCUUCAAAGACCGUCAAGUGUGGGCUUUCUCUGGCUACGAUCUGGUCCGAGGGUAUCCCAAAACACUCAGCAGCUUUGGUCUGCCAAGAAGUGUGGGGAAAAUCGAUGCAGCUUUAUAUGAUGUGCAAUCAAGAAAAACUCUGUUUUUUGUCGGCAGUAAUUACUACAGUUUUGAUGAGGCUGCGAAUAGUGUGGACUAUGGGUUCCCCAAACUUAUUCAUCAGACCUUUUCUGGCCUGAAUAAAGUGACGGCAGCUUUCCAGUAUCGAGGUUUCACGUACAUCUACAGCGGGCCCUACAUGUUUGAGUACGACUUGAGGACCGGGAGAUUGUUCCGCGUGCUGAGGAACAGCUACUUCCUGCGCUGCACUAAAGACGUAUUCUCUAUCUGCAGGACAAUAACUAUGGAAGCUCCAUGGACUGUCAAGGCUGUCAUCAUGAUAGUGACGAUAGCAGCGGGUACAGCUGUGCCUGCCAUCCUCGACAGCCAGGAAGAUGUCGCUAAAGCCCAGGAUUACCUUUCUCAGUAUUUCUCUGAAGUGGGCGUCAGUGAUGGUACCGGGACGUGGCGUAGUGGACUUGAUUCCUUCACAGACACUCUGAAAAUAAUGCAAGAGUUUUUUGGCCUGGAGGUGACAGGACAGCUGGACUCAAACACCAUGGAAGUGAUGUCUCGCCCUCGAUGUGGUUUCACAGACUUGGACAAAUACAAAUACGGCCACUUUGACGGUCAGCCCAAGUGGGAGAAGAACGUGAUCACUUACAGGAUAACGGACUACACGCCGGACUUGAGUGAAAGUUACGUGGAUGCUGCCCUUGCCAAAGCCCUGCAUGUCUACAGUUCUGUAACACCUUUGGAUUUCAAGCAGAUUACUAGCGGCACGGCCGACAUCAUGAUCAAGUUCAAGGCUGACAAUCAUGGAGACUUUGCUCCCUUUGAUGGUGAGGGUGGUGUCCUGGCGCACGCCUUUUCCCCUGGGGAGGGCAGAGGAGGCGACACCCAUUUUGAUGACGAUGAACUCUGGACUCUAACCUCAUCAGGAUCUAACCUUUUCUUGGUGGCAGCCCAUGAGUUUGGCCAUGCGCUUGGAUUGUCACACUCCAAGAUUCCAACAUCUCUCAUGUACCCCACCUACCAGUACACCGACACAGAUGGCUAUGUGCUACCAGACGAUGACACGCAAGGAGUGCAGGCACUCUACGGAGUCAGAUCGUCAUCGCAACCAACAGUUAAUCCUGAACCGCAACCUGAAUCAGAGGCUGAACCUUCUCCAAAACCUGUUCCGGACAGGUGCAGCAGUAAUUUGGUUUUUGAUGCUGCAACCUCCAUAAACAAUUAUCUUUAUUUCUUCAAAGACGGCUAUUUUUGGAAGAGGAGCAGCAACUGGGAUGGCGUCACCACAAGGAAAAUAAGUUCCAUCUGGCCUGGAAUUAACAAAGUGGACGCUGCGUACGAGUACAAGAGACGCAACAUUGUUGUACUAUUUGAAGGGAACCGCUACUGGCAGGUCCGAAGAAACAGCGUUUUACCUGGUUUCCCUAAACCUCUCAGCGACUUGGGCUUUCCUUCAUCAGUCACCAAGGUCGAUGCUGCCGUCCAUGUAACGUUUUUGGGAAGAACCCUUUUUUUUGUGGAGAACAAGUACUGGAGUUACAGUGAACGGAGAGGACGAAUGGAUCGUAGGAACCCAAAACUUAUUCGCACAGAGAUUCCUGGGAUUGGCUACAGAGUUGAUGCCGUCUUUGAGAACAGAGGGUACCUGUACUUUUCCUAUGGACCCAGGCAGACACAGUACUUUUAUAUGAAAAGGAGAGCAGUUCGUAUUCUGAAAAACAACGACUGGAUGGAUUGCGAUUGAACUUCUUCACGCAUUAGUAUGCCUUUGAUUUACAGCAGUGCCGGUGUUCUGACGAAUCAGGCUGCUUCGUCAAAAAGAGCUUCCCAACGCUACUGAGCAUGUGCAAGCAUGCGCACGCAUGUGCAUCAAAGCUAAAGUUUUCCUUGAAAAAAAUUCCAUCCAUCCAUUUUUCUACCGCUUGUCCCUCUCAAAACUAGUUUAUGUAGACUUUGUGCAGACUUACCUUGUGUAGACUGUGUCACUUGCGCUACAAGUAACUGAUUCUUUGAAAUGGUAUUUCUUUCACUGUGUUUUCUGACCAGCAUGUGGACACUUACAGAAUGAGGAAAAGUACAUUGAGACAAAUAAUAGUAACCUACAUUUCUCUUUUUCAUCACCGUUAUUUAAACAGGAAUAGCUACUGAUAGCUGUUUUUGCCAAAGCAGCUCGAUUCAACAGAACACCAUUUUGUUCUUUGAUAUUACUCACAUUUGAUUUUAUAAGUCCCGCACUGCAAGGCUCCAAAUGUCACUACUUAUUUAAAUGGUCAAACCAGGGAAGUAAUUUGGUUCCCUUACCAUGAAUUGAUUACGUGGACCCCGAUAUUAAACAAGUUCAAAAACGUAUUCGGGUGUUACCAUUUAGUGGUCAAUUGUACGGAAUAUGUGCUGUACUGUGCAAUCUACUAAAAAAGUUUCAAGCAAUCAAUCAAAAAGCCUACUAUAGGGUUAUAAGGCACUUUGUAGUUUGUUUUUUGUUUUUUUUGCCAAUCCUAACCCUAGAGUGUUUAUUGUAAAUAUCUAUGAGUUCUGAUUUGUAUCCAUUUAUGCGGUCCAAGAAGGUCUUAAAUGAACCCAAAUGGUUCCAGUGAUAAAUGAGGUGCCUAAAAAAGUCCCAAAUAGACCCAUGAAGCUUCAGAUUAUUUGGAUAAAUGUUCAACCUUUUGGAUGAUUGAGUACAUUUUGGGGAACUUGGGGAUCUUUAGCGGUAUUGUGGUCCUUUUUGUGGUACUUCUGGACCUUUGGGUAUAUUGCUUUGCUGGUGUGAAAAUCUUUUGCCAAAGUUAAUCUCUGACAUGUUAGAGACAUAUGAACCAUUUUGGGGACAGGUCUCCUGCUGGUGUCCAGAAUCAGGACCAAACAUGGUGAGGCUGUGUUUCAGUUUCACAAUCUGGAAUAGUAUUCCUGAAAAUGUGAGACAGGCAAUGUUGGCAAUGUUCAAAUCCUGGCUGAAAACAAUUGUAUUUAAUUGUGCAUAUGACAACUGAUAGUAUGUUAUCAACACUAUUUGAUUUUACUGUAAUUGAAAAGAUGAUAGUAUGAUGAUUUUAUUUUGUUUUUGAUAUGAAUUAUGUUUACUUUUACUUUUACUUAUUUCAUUUUCAGUUUUACCUUCUUGUAAUUUUCUGUACAGCACUUUGCAUUGCCUUUUGUACGAAUUGUGCUCUCUAAAUAAACGUGCCUUGCCUUGCUCA